AUGGAAGACGUCACUGAAGCAGCCAGACGACAAAUUAGCAAAUCGAAUUACAAAGUAAAACGAUGGACUUUAAGGCGGAAACUUCUCAAGGACGAUACUGAAGCCUGUGUGAUGUCGUGGAAUGCUAGAAGACAGCUUUUGUAUCUGUUGCGAACUUAUGAAGCUGAACCGUUUGACGAAGAAUUUCUGGCCUCAGUCUUCCCGAUAACUGUUGCAGGUAUAAAAAAACUAGCCUCGCACAAGAAUGAAGUCUUCCAACCAGCCAUGCGCGAACAGCACAAAUUAAGAAUCAAUACUGCUGCUAUCGAACGUUGGAACCUAAUUUUGGAUUGUCUAAAGAAUUUGUCGAAAGAACCAGCGCAAAGCGUAGCAGAAGUGAAUGCUGUCAUAGCCAGUUUGCCUGAAAAUCUACUGUGGAUCUUUGCCCAAUCCAAGUUGCAUUUGCUGAAACAUGCUGACGGCAAUCCUGAUCUGCCCUCUCCCCAACUGUCGGAUGUUCCUGAGAAGAGGAAGGAGAAGGAGGAGGUUCCUGGAUCGUUCAGGGAGUUGGUGGAUGGGUUUUGCAAUGGUUUCGAGCCGGACCUGCAGUCAAAGCAGGUAGCUCUACAGUCCGAGGAAAUGGAGAAAUGUAUCGCCCUUUUUCAACGAAUCCCAGACUCAACUGCAGUUGGCCCAAUUUCCAACCAACCCCUGUCCACCUCACAGUUACGCUCCCUUCUUCAUAUCUCCAAGCUCCUCACACGUCAACAAGUUUGCACAAAACCCCUGGCACUGCCGAACAAAGUUAAUUUACAAUUUUCUGAUACCUUUAAAUACAAGCUUCGAUACUAUCGCAUUUUUUCCGCGAUCACCUUACGUCGUCGACAUAGAGAACAUGAAUAG